CCCGCGUCCCCGGCGCCGCCGGCCCGGAACUACCCGGAAGCUUGCUUCUGCCGCGGCGCUCGCCAGGGCAAGCCCGGGUCCGUCCGGGACCUCGGCCCCGCUCUCCCCCCCGGACCCGAGAGGCUGCUGCACCGGCUGCUGCUCCAGAUGCUGCUGCUGCCGCCGCGGCCACCCCACCCUCGGUCCUCCUCCCCGGAGGUCAUGGACCCACCGCCCCCCAAGACUCCUCCUUUUCCCAAGGCGGAAGGGCCCUCCUCCACUUCUUCCUCGGUGGCGGGGCCGCGGCCCCCGCGGUUGGGUCGCCACCUGCUCAUCGACGCCAACGGGGUCCCCUACACGUACACGGUGCAGCUGGAGGAGGAACCUCGGGGCCCUCCGCAGCGCGAGGCGACCCCGGGAGAGCCAGGUCCUCGAAAGGGCUACAGUUGCCCAGAGUGCGCCCGUGUCUUUGCCAGCCCUCUAAGGCUGCAGAGCCACCGCGUGUCGCACUCGGACCUCAAGCCCUUUACGUGUGCUGCUUGUGGUAAAGCCUUUAAGCGCUCCAGCCACCUGUCGCGGCACCGCGCCACCCACCGCGCUGGCCCACCGCACACCUGCCCGCUCUGUCCACGGCGGUUCCAGGACGCCGCGGAGCUGGCGCAGCACGUGCGCCUGCACUGAGCUCCACCCUUCCCUCUCCGGGCCACCGGGUCUUACCCACACAGCGCCACUCCCAUCCAUCCCCAAUUCUGCUGAGGUUACUUACUGCCUUACCCUAGGCCUCAGUUUUCCCACCAAUCCCCCAAAGAGGAACGUCAUUUUGUCUUUUCUCCCGUCUAGCUGUGUGAUGUAGACCAAAGCUGUUGCCCCUCUGGGCCCGGGUGUCGGUGACAACUGGGCUUCAGCCUUUGCAAGUGGUGCGACCUCUCCCGAGUCUUGGUUUUCUACUCUUCACAAGCGGUGAGGUCCUUGUGAAGACACGAUAAAAGCACCAGCGCGGGCUGGGUCAUCUCUGUUCUUCUCUCUAAUGCCCACGACCCCUCAUUCUUGGCCCAAUAAACAUUCCACACUU